AUGGUGGUUCAUGGUGGUGGUGUUGCUGGUAGUGGGGUUCCUACCUAUGAUAAUGAUGAGUUUGCUUCUCCUGUUAAACCCAUUACUAAGUUGACAGUCUCACAGAGUCAAGCUCAUGUCCGGGGGGGUGUGUUGGGAGUUGGGGUGUAUGGAGUGUCUGAUAUAGGUGAUAAUUCCCUUGCUGAGGAGGCGGAGUUUGAUGCAGUCCCUACUGAUCCACCUGAGAUGCUAGAGAUGUGUCCGCGAUUUUCAGACCCUUUCAACCGGUUGUCCUCAUUGGCUAGUGAGAAUUGUUGUCAAUGGGCUGGUGUUAUCUGCGACAACUUAACUGGCCACGUCCAUGAGAUCCAUCUUCGUAAUCCUUACAAUGAAAAUUCCAUUUACAAGUUAGGAGGUAAAUUAAAUCCUUCUAUGCUCAAUUUGAAGCACCUUCAUUACCUAUCUCAGGCCAGAUUCAGCAGAACCAUUCCCCAUCAACUAGGAAAUUUGACCAUGCUGCAUUAUCUUGGUCUCGGAGGUAUUUUUAACUAUGGUGAACAACUACAUGCUAAUGAUUUGCAAUGGCUUUCAGGCCUUCUUUCAUUACAACACCUUGAAAUGCGUCACGUUAAUCUUAGCAAUGCACUCGAUUGGCUACAGGUGACAACCAUGCUUCAUUCUUUGGUAGAAUUACACUUGGCUAGUUGUGAACUUAAAUAUAUUUCUCCUUCAACUCAUAUUAACUUUCCAUCACUUGACCUUUCUGGAAACAUUUUUGUGUCUUCUAUGCCCAAGUGGAUUUUUAGCAUGACUCGAUUAGUUUUCCUAGAUAUCAGUCAUUGUAACUUUUAUGGUCCAAUUCCUAGUGGUCUUCAAAACAUGACUUCUCUUAGAGUGUUUGAUGCAUCUUGUAAUAAUUUAAAUUCCUCAAUGCCCAAGGAGUUAUUUAACCUGAAUGGCCUCAUUUCCUUACGCUUAGGCUACAUUUUUUUUCAAGGACCAAUUCCAAUUGGUCAUUUGAACAUGACUAGCCUUAGAGAUCUUUAUUUGCGAAGGAAUGGUUUCGAAUCUAACAUUCCAAAUGGGUUGUAUAGCUUUAGUCAUCUUCAGUCCCUUGAUCUUGAGGAGAAUCUCUUGCAAGGAGUAAUCUCAAGUGCCAUAGGAAACCUAACUUCCCUCGUUAGUUUGGAUUUUUCAUCCAAUCAACUUGAGGGGAGAAUUCCAACAUCAAUGGGACAGCUUUGCAAGUUGAAGGGAAUUAAUUUAUCAUUCAACAAAUUUGACGGAGAGGUGGGUGAAGUUUUUAGAAGUUUCUCUAGAUGUAAAUCAGAUGGUUUGGAGAUGGUGCACUUUGAGAAUAAUUAUCUUUUUGGUCAAUUCCCAGAUGAACUUGGCCAAUUAAAAAAUCUAGCCGACCUUUCUCUUUCAAGUAACUCCAUUUCUGGUCCCAUUCCGAUAUCAAUUGGAAGAUUAUCAUCCUUGACAACAUUAGACAUUUCCUACAAUCAAUUGAAUGGAACUCUUCCAGAAAAUCUUGGGCAACUUGUGAAGUUAGACAUGUUGAUAAUAUCUCAUAAUUUCUUGAUGGGUAUUGUCUCUGACCUUCACUUUGCCAAUCUCACAAGAUUAAAUAUGCUAUAUGGAGAUGGAAAUCAUCUAACAUUAAAAUCCCAGGGAAUGUUACAAGAAUUGGAGCUAGCCAACACAGGAAUUUCAAAUUCCAUUCCAACUUGUUCCAACUCCUUCAAAGGUUUAUUACCACUCAUCUCCUCCAAUGCGAUUCAUCUAGAUCUUUCAAAUAAUUCUUUCUCAGGAUCUAUUUAUCAUGCCUUAUGUGGUAGAGUGGAGAAUUCAAACACAUUGAGCGAUCUUAAUCUUGGUAGCAAUAAUUUGUCAAGAAGAAUUCCUGAUUGCUGGAAGCAUUGGCAACCUCUGAAAAUCGUAAAAUUAGAAAACAACAAUUUAAUUGGCACUAUUCCACACUCGAUUGGACAUUUAGCUUCCCUCAAAUCAUUGCACUUGCGACAUAACAAACUCUCCAGAGAACUACCACAAUCUUUACAACAUUGUACAAACUUGGGGCUCAUUGAUCUUGAUGGAAAUGAAUUUACUGGAAGCAUACCAACUUGGAUGGGGGAUUCAUUUUUGCAAUUGAUGGUUCUUAACCUUCGUUCCAAUAAGUUUGAAGGUGGCAUUCCAUAUGAACUAUGUCCUCUAAGUUCUCUUCAAAUUUUGGACCUCGCAGAUAAUAAUCUCUCAAGAUCGAUGCCAAAAUGUUUCUACAAUUUUAGAGCCAUGGCAGAAAAACAUAAUUCAAGCAGCCCUAUUUCCUAUGAUGCAAUCAGUCCCGCAUUUUUGGUGACCAAAGGCACAGAGCUUGAAUAUACAAAAACUCUUAAAUUGGUUACAAGCAUGGAUCUUUCAGAAAAUAAUUUAUUCGGAGAGAUCCCCAAAGGACUUACAAGACUAGUGGGGCUACGAUCAUUGAAUUUUUCCAGAAAUCGCUUUACGGGAAGGAUCCCAGAGAAUAUGGGUGAUAUGGAAGAACUUGAAUCUCUAGAUUUCUCUUUAAACCAACUUUCUGGUGAAAUUCCUUUGUGCAUGUCGAGUUUGACAUUCUUGAGUCACUUGAACUUGUCUUAUAACAAUUUGAUAGGACGAAUUCCUUUAAGUACUCAACUUCAAUGCUUCGAGAAUGCUAGCUUUGUUGGCAACAAACUUUGUGGACCUCCACUUGCAAACUACGACACAAACAAGGCAAUACCUAAAGUUGCAAAUGGAGGCAAUGAACAGGGGGGAGGGAUUUCCAGGAGAGUGGUAGUUAAAAAAUGCUCUAAGAGAUUAAAUGCUCUUGGUGGUGGUGGUGGUGGUGGUGGUGGUGGAAAUUUAGUGAUGAUGCUUUCAUGUGCUCUUAGUAUUUGUAAAAUAGUGUUGGUGGAGAAGCAAUAUAACUGGAUUAUGGGACAGUUGAAAUCCUUGCAGCUUGUUGCAAGCCUAACAGCAGAACGAGAUGGUGAAAUUCGGAAGGCUGCUUUAAAUACUCUAGCUACAGGUUAUAAGAUCUUUGGUGAGUUCUGCUCUUAUCAAGCUGUAGACUUUAUUUGCUAUUUGGUUUCUUGGAAUACACAAGGGCUUGAAGUUUUGUCAGGCCCGAGACAUGGACAAAAAGAAUGA